AUGCUAUUGUAUACGAGGCUUGCGCCACCCAAAGCUCCCAAGAGACGAUCUAGAGCAGGUUACUUUGUGAACUUAAAGAAGAAGAAAUGCGAUGAAAAACGCCCACAAUGUUCGCGGUGUGACGAGCGUGGUGUAGAGUGUGCCUACGAGGCCAUAAAACCUCGUCAACGGAGGAGGAGAGACUCAAUAUCCAGCUUCAGAAUAAAUACAAAUCUAGAAUGCGCUUCUGUAGAAGACACAUACGAAUGGGAGGGGCAGGUAAUAUCACCUUGCGAGUCUGCCUACUUUAGCCCUCUCGAGUCCAAAGUAAACGUAUCGUCGAUACCGCCUAUAGUCAAUGAUACAGCCGACGAUCUAAGUUCUCCUUCAUAUGAAACCGAACCCGAAGACAGUCAGUAUCGAAACCACCAGCUUGUUCGAAGAAAGUCUCUUGAUGCCAAAGCAUUAUCUCCCACGCGGUCAUCAUUGCGACCCGAGCUCGCUAUGAUCGCGCCGUGUCCCGCGAGAUCUCCCUCGUUAGAAUUCCACAUACCAGCAUUCUCGGAAUUUUCAGACCGGCCCAACCGACGCGCUUUAGUUGACCAUUUCUGCAACGUGCUGUCGCAUCUCAUCGUGUUCCGCGAGGAAUCGGGCAACCCAUUUCAACAGCUCGUCCUGCCACUCUCGCAUAAUAGCUCGCCUGUCAUGAAUGCUAUUUACGCUUUGGCAAGCGCUCAUCUGGAGAACCGCGGUGUUCAAAACCAGGAGGAAUCUCUUUAUUUCCAUAAUGAAGCGAUUCAAGGACUGUCAAGAGUCAUUGAAAGCCGAGUAAAGGUUGAUAGAAACGAGUUACUAGCUGCUAUCAUGCUUCUCGUCUACUACGAAGUUCUGGUACAACGAAGAAGAACGAAUAUUAUCAAUGGACACCUUAAGGGGGCAUUUGCUAUCAUGUGUUUGAAUCAAGAAUUAUUAACACCAGUCGGCCUCUUCUUGGAACGCGCCUUUGGAUUCUACGAUGUAAUAACGGCAUUAUCACUAGGAACACCCCCAUUAUCAACAGCUCCGAGUGCAGGCGGACUAUUACCAGUCCCACCACUCGACGCUCCACCCGCAUCUCCUCUAACCAACGUCGACACCUUACUAGGAAUGGCCACGACCCUAUGGCCAAUCAUGCAUCGCCUGUCUAACCUCCUAUUCACGAAGAAGGAGCUAGAAGGUGCGCAGCGAAUGAAUCAGAUGUCCAAAGUCGCCGUCCUUAGGACAGAGUUUGAGACAACGUCUCAGGCGAUCGAAGCUGCACUGACGCAAUGGAAACCUUGUCUCCCGCCGAAUAUUGUAAUGCGAGACGACGUCCUAGUGGUCAACGGCGUCAAAGGCGAGGAAAUCCCCGAGAUGGCGCGACUCCAGUCCAUACUACACAACGCCCUCGCAUACCGCCACAGUGCAUCCGUCUACCUAUACCGCACAAUCUACGGAUAUUCGCCCAAGCACAAGCUAGUGCAGCAGCAUUCACACACGGCGCUGCACCAUUGCGUCGAGACGACGGCGGCCCGCGGACCAAUGGGUGCUUUGCUGUGGCCGUUGUUCGCGGCGGCGUGCGAGGCGAUCAGCAAUGAAGACAGGGAGCUCGCGAGGAAGGCGUUCAGCGAGAUCGGGCAGCGGCAGGGGAUGACGAACAUCGAAGAGGCGUGGGGCAUCAUCCAGGAAGUGUGGAAAAGGCUGGACUCCCUGGACGACGAUGCUGCGGCGGAGAUGGACACUGAUCUCUGGCGCAAGAUCUGCGCCGAGAGGGGCGUGACUAUUGUGUUUGGAUGA